AAAAAAACGUAAAACACUCAAGCUAAGAACAAAAGUUACACUUGUGUCUGGACGAUCACACACCAAUACCAUCAUCCCCAAUAACGAACCUACGUGUAAUGCUUUUACCCACUGUCCACAGACUGUGACACCGCUUUAUUCUUCAUAAAAUAACAAAUACACUCAAAUAAAUCAAAUUGUAAAAAAAACACACAAAAAUUUAUUGCCGCAUCAACAAAAUUCAGAUGAUUGUAACAAUUUCUCAAAAUUUGCGGCCAUUCAACGAAGAAGAAUAAUGAUCAAAACUGAAUAAAUGAAAUGAGAGAGACACCAGCUUUCGACUCCAUGAUUAUGAACAGAGAAAAAGGGUUUCUUCUUCUUAGAUUGAAAUAUUAAUAAAACCAAAAAGAGUGAAACUUUUUGUUUAGUUUAGCCUCUCUCUAAAGAAAUGAAAAGUAAAGAAGAAGAGGAAGAUGAUGGAGGAGAAGAAGAAGAAGGGCAAAAAGGGAAGAGAUUUAUUGAAAAGUUAAGGAGAAGAGCUGUUUUUGUAGGCCAUAGAAGUUUCUUUCGCCGACCUUCCACUCCUACGCACAUUGGUUUCAACCCUAAUAAUAACCCUUCUUCUUCUUCCUCCUCUAGAAAGCUUGCUGCUUCUCUCUGGGAAUUUUAUCAGUAUUACGACAACGACUAUCAGAUUCAUCCACCUGCUGCUACUAAAAUGCACCGAGCUCCCUUAGGUUCUGCUGGUCCCAGUAACAACCGUCGUCUCCGUCACGGCCAUGGAAAGGCAGACAAUAAUGGUCUUGAGUUCACUGAUCACCAGCCAGAGAGUGCGGGAAGUAUAAGGAGACAGAUUGGUCAAAUGCUGAUGAAGCAUCAUCAUUUAACCGAAAGAAACGACCAUCCUUUGCAGCCGGUAUCUCCUACAAGCUACGAUAGCUCCCUCGAGGUGGCUCCAUAUAAUGCAGCAGUUUCUCCGGGAAGACGACGAGCUGGUGAGCCUAACUACAAUCUCAAGACAUCAACCGAACUUCUUAAAGUGCUGAACCGAAUCUGGAGCCUCGAAGAGCAGCAUUCCGCUAAUAUCUCCUUAAUAAAAUCUUUAAAAACCGAGCUUGCUCAUUCACGUGCCCGGAUCAAAGAGCUUCUCAGAUGCCGGCAAGCCGAUAGACGCGAUAUGGAUGAUUUAGUGAAGCAACUCGCAGGAGAAAAGCUGUCAAAAGAUACGAAGGAACACGAUCGGUUAAGCUCUGCGGUUCAAUCGCUAGAAGAUGAGCGGAAACUGAGGAAACGUUCUGAGAGUUUGUAUAGGAAAUUGGCACAAGAGCUCUCGGAAGUGAAGUCAACUUUGUGUAACUGCGUUAAGGAGAUGGAGAGAGGGACUAAGUCAAAGAAGAUUCUGGAGAGAUUAUGUGAUGAGUUUGCAAAAGGGAUCAAGAGUUACGAAAGGGAGAUUCAUGGUUUAAAGCAGAAGUUGGAUAAGAACUGGAAAGGUUGGGAUGAACAAGAUCAGAUGGUUCUUUGUAUUGCGGAAUCAUGGCUUGAUGAAAGGAUUCAGAGUGGCAACGGAUCGGCUUUGGAGAAGCUCGAGUUUGAGAUAGAAACAUUUCUUAAGACUAAGCAGAACGCAAACUCUAAUGAAAUAGUGAGAAAUCGCCGGACUUCACUUGAGUCGGUUCCAUUUAACGCCAUGAGCGCCCCGAUUUGGGAAGUCGACUGUGAGGAGGAAGAAGAUUCUGGCGGAAGCGAUUCAAAUUGUUUUGAGCUCAAGAAACAUGGGAGUGAUGUUGCAAAGCCACGACUCGGCGAUGAAACUGAGAAACCGGAAUUAUCAAAAGCAGAUGUUGUGUCUGGUGAAAAACAGAGGAGACGGAAUCAAAGCCCGUCGAGUUUACAAGUGAAGUUCGAGGAUCAAAUGGCGUGGGCGAUGUCUUCUAAUGAGAAAAAGAAAGCUAGAGUCAUUGAAACGGAUAAAUGUGGUAAAGAAACUAACAAUGUGGUUGGAGAAAUGAUUAGAACUCAUCGGAGGUUAUUGUCGGAAACUCGGGAGAUCGAUGAAGCUUCUUGCAGUUACCCAUCAAGAAGACGAGAGAGCCCGAUUCGUCAAUGGAAUACGAGAACCGUAACACCUGAUCUUAGUGCGCCACAAGGAGUAAAGGACAACACUUUGAAGGGUAAACUAAGCGAAGCGAGAACAAAGAGUUCGAGGCCACGAGCUCGGGUAUUCAAGGGGUGAGUUUCUGAUGUAAUCUGUAUACGGAAGAGCCAUUGAUGGUGCAAUGGUCAGACUCGAAGAUGGAACAAGCUGAGAUUGUUGGCGGAAAUAGACAGAACUUGAGAAGUUCCAUGUGUGGAUAUGUUCAUAUCUGUGAAUCCUACGCAUCUGUAGAGCUAUAUGUUUAUAACUAUGUAUAAUGUAUAUCGAUUUGAUCAUCUCUGAA